UACCCACCCACCCCCAUAUCUCACUCCCUCUUUCUCUCCAUACAUACACACCAAAAGUAUAGUACUACAACCUUUAAUUUCUCCUUUAGCUUUUUUUGGUUUUUAACAUUAUGGACACUCCCACUCUUUUUCUCUCUUCCUUCUUCUUUCUCCUCACCUUUCUCCUCCUCCUCCGCUCCGCCGCCGUCUUCAGCCGCCGGAAGCGCCACCUGCCGCCGGGGAACCUCGGGCUGCCCUUGAUCGGCGAGACGCUGCAGCUCAUCUCCGCCUACAAGACGGCCAACCCGGAGCCUUUCAUCGACGACCGGGUUUCCAAAUACGGGACGGUUUUCACCACCCACAUCUUCGGCGAACCGACCGUCUUCUCGGCCGACCCGGAGACGAACCGGUUCAUUCUCCAGAACGAGGGCCGGCUCUUCGAGUCGAGCUACCCCGGUUCGAUAUCGAACCUGUUGGGAAGGUACUCCUUGUUGCUUAUGAGAGGGAGUUUGCAUAAAAGGAUGCAUUCUUUGACCAUGAGCUUUGCUAACUCCUCCAUCAUCAAGGACCAUUUGUUGCUCGAUAUAGACCGGUUGGUUCGACUCAAUAUGGAGUCUUGGACCGGCCGGGUCCUUCUCAUGGAGGAGGCCAAGAAGAUAACAUUUCAAUUAACAGUGAAGCAGCUAAUGAGUUUUGAUCCAUGCGAGUGGACUGAGAAUCUGAUGAAAGAAUACAUGCUUGUUAUUGAAGGCUUCUUCACUAUCCCUUUGCCUUUCUUCUCUUCCACUUACCGCAAAGCAAUCCAAGCUCGGAGAAAGGUGGCGGAGGAGCUGAGUGUGGUGGUGAGGGAGAGGAGGGAGGCUCGGGCGGGAGGAGCAGGGCGGAAGAAGGAUAUGUUGGAGGCGUUGUUGGACGGGGAGGGCGGCGGCGGAGGGUUUUCCGACGAGGAGAUAGUGGAUUUCAUGCUGGCGUUGCUGGUGGCCGGCUACGAAACAACCUCCACCAUCAUGACGCUCGCCGUCAAAUUCCUCUACGAGACACCUCAUGCUUUGACUCAGCUCAAGGAAGAGCACGACGAGAUCAGGUCAAGGAAAGGUGGGAGUCAGGCACUAGAAUGGGAUGAUUACAAGUCCAUGCCUUUCACUCAAUGUGUUGUAAACGAGACGCUUCGUGUUGCAAACAUAAUCAGUGGAGUGUUUAGGAGAGCCAUAACCGACAUUAACAUCAAAGCAGGUUAUACAAUUCCUAAAGGGUGGAAAGUUUUUGCUUCAUUCAGAGGAGUGCAUCUCGAUCACGAUCACUUCAAGGACGCCCGCUCUUUUGAUCCAUGGAGGUGGCAGAGUAAUGCGGAAUUAACAAGUUCAUUGAAUGUCUUUACCCCGUUUGGUGGAGGCCCGAGGCGUUGCCCAGGCUACGAGCUUUCUAGAGUGGAGCUCUCCGUCUUUCUACACCACUUAGUCACACGUUUCAGUUGGAAGCCAGCUGAGGAAGACAAGUUGGUUUUCUUCCCAACCACACGAAUGCAGAAGCGGUAUCCGAUCAUAGUUCAAACUCGAAGUUAUGGGGAAAUGUAAAAAGAGUGAGUUUUAGUAGAUGCAGAGAGGCCAGGAGUGUUGGAUAAAGAUGAUCAAAAUGUGUGAAGGUAGGAAGCAAGCAGGGUAGCCAACAAAUUGUACUAAAUUUGUUGUAUAUAUAUACAUAUAUAGCCAUAAAAUUAUUGUUUGUAGCAUACACCCAUCUCUUAUGAGAAGUUGUACUUGCAAUCUUGUGUUUACAGGGCUAACUGCCAACUAACUCGACUGGAGUUGCUCACUUAGCGAUGAUUAUUUUAUUUAAUUUGCACCUAUA